AAAAAAGAGGGAAUAUGCACAUCACCCAGAUUAUUAUAGAUGGAUUCAAAUCCUACCCUGAGAAGAUCAAAAUUGAUAAAUUUGAUAUCCAAUUUAAUGCAAUCACUGGUGCUAAUGGAUCAGGCAAGUCUAACAUCCUUGAUGCUAUCUGUUUUGUAUUUGGAAUACAGAGUUUGCGGCUUGUGAGAGCUUCAAAUUUAAAAGAACUCAUAUACAAACAAGGGACCGCCAAAGUCAAAGAUGCUAAAGUGACCAUUAUUUUCGACAAUACGAACAAAGAGCUUUCUCCACCUAAUUAUGAUGACUAUGACACUAUUGAAGUAUCCAGAGAGAUCACAAGCAUGGAGAAGAGCAAAUACCGGAUAAAUGGGAAGAAUCAGCCAGCUGAAAAAGUCAAGAGCCUAUUUCUCAGCGUCCAUCUCAAUGUGAACAACCCUCAUUUCUUAGUUAUGCAAGGAAAGAUUACCCAAGUUGUCAAGAUGAAGCCAAAGCAAAUUCUGUCUCUUAUUGAAGAGACAAGUGGUACUGCUCUAUUUGAAAAGCGGAAGGAAGAAUGUCUAAGGAUGCUUAACAGAAAGGAACUCACUCUCAGGACCAUCACUGAACGAAUAGAGGCUGAAAUAGAGCCAAUGAGGUUCAAAAUCAAUGAGUCUCGUGAAAACACAAGAAUAUUCGAGCAGAAUGAGAAGAAGAUACAAGAGAUAGAUAGAGAAAUCAACUAUGAAGAGUAUAUUAGUCUCCUCACACAAAUGAAAAACCUUAGAGAGAAAUCAGACGCUGAUGAUAUUUUCUUCGAAGAAGAACAAAAGAACAUUGAAGCACUUAAAUGGGAGAUCAAAGAGAUUGAGCAAGAUAUUAGAAAGCUACAAAAUGAUGAGGAGGAAGAGAAUCUUGAAGCUUCAGGACUCCAAGAGGUCCUCCUAAAGUAUCAACAAAAUCUUGACAAGAAGGAAGAAGAUGUCAGACAGAAGAAUCUAGAUAUUGAUAGUAGCAAUCAGAAAACUCUGGAGUUACAAGGCAAAAUUGAAGCUGAAAGUUACCUACUUGAAAAAUACAAGAACAAUAAGUACACUCUUAAGGAUAAGGAGACAGCACUAGAGAAUGAAAUCCAAAACAGAGAGAACCAAAUGAGUAUGAUAAUGCAGCAGCUCAAAGAAGCAGAAGAAUCAGGUGAGGGUAAUACCUUAGAGUACAAAAAUCAGCUUGAGGAGAAGAUUGAAGCUAUUACUGAAAACAUUGCUAAAAUCAGCAAAGAUAUUUCUGACCACAAAAAUGGGAGGAGUAAAGAAAAGAUUUUACAAGAGAUAGACCAACUUAAAGAGAAGCUUAAAAAUUGAGACAUCACUGUCGAGCAAAAUAUCAAACUACACUCUAAACUUGCUAAGGAAGUCCAAGAAUUGAGGGAGAGAUCAAAGGAAUCUUCAAUGAUAAAGGAUGAUAUCAAUGAAAUUAUGGGUAAGAAGUCCCAUCUUGAUGAACAAAAAGAGAAACAUAAGAAUGAAAUUUACAGAAAUCAAGAUCUGAACAGGAUCCAUAGCAUACUUGAGCUAAACUACAGAGUCCCACAAAACUUCAACAGAAAUGAUGUAUAUGGGAGAUUAGUCAAACUCUUCACCCCUAGGGAGAAGAAGUACUGCUUGCCCCUUGAAAUCAUUGGAGCUCACCAACUUCUCAGUAUAGUUGUCACUGACAAAAUUGUGUCAACUAGAAUGCUUAAAGAGAAAUGCUUCAAUUUCUUCGUAUCCUUUAUUCCUCUAAGACAGAUCUAUAUCAGGGAGCUAAACAAGAGACUCAUCGAGAGAAUAGAGCAGAAAUAUGGCUCUAAAGUGAUUCAUGCCCUCAAGACCAUAAGUUUCUCCUCUGAUGUAUACAGAGCAAUGCAUUUUGUCUUCGGGAACUAUUUCAUCUGUGAGAGUAGUCAAAUUGCGCAAAAUUUAAUCAAGGAAGACCCUACUAUUCAGUGCAUCACAUUAGAAGGAGACAUUUAUAGAGCUAGUGGGCAGGUCUCAGGAGGAUAUACUGGAAGAGUAAGCAAAAAUAUCCUUCUUGCACAAGAGUAUAAGAAAAGAUUCGCUGAUAUUAAUAAUAUCAAUGAACAACUCAACGAACUCCAGAAAAAGUAUGAAGAUAACUGCAGAAAGUUGGAUACUUUUAAAAGAUUAGAAGGUGAACUUAAUGACAAAGAAACUGAGAUGAAAUCUCUUGUACUAGAUUCUACUCAACAGAAGAAGUCUAUCUCUAAUAUGAUCGAGAUCAAAAAGCAAGACGCCAAAGAAUCAGAGGGUCAAUUACAAGAGCUUAAAGACGAGGAGGCGAAACUUAAAGAAGAGCUUCGUCAUCUUACUGAAAAUUUAAAGAAAGUCUCUAAAAGUGGAGCGGAUGUACUUUCUCUCCUCAAGGCUGAUUACGAAAAGUCAUUACAUGACCUACAAGGCUACAAAAAGAGAAUAGAAGAGCUCAAGAUCCAAAUCUUGCAAAAUGAUGGUCUUGUGACUGACACUGAGAAGAAUGUUGAAAAAUUCCAAAAAAUGAAAGAUACUCUCAAAUUAAAGCUAAACGAGUUAAAAGAAGAACUGAUCCAAGCAGAGAACAUCUUGAACCUCGAAAGAGAAAGUUUUGAUAAGGCCAAGUUCAACGUAGACAAGAAUUAUAUGAAGAAAUGUAAAAACUCUGAAGAACAAGCAUCUAAGAAAAAGCAGAAGGAAGAGUUGAUUGAAGAAAUCAAUAAGAGAGAGAAUUCACUUCAAAAUUUCCAAGAUAGCAAAAACUCCAAGGAAAAUAAGAUCUUAAAAUUUCAGAAAAAUAUAGAGGAUUUACUCAGAGCUAAUGAUUGGCUAAAGGACAAACCUGUAGAUCUAGAGAACCCUAUAGAUGAAGAUGAACUAGCCAAGAAGAAGGAGGCUAGAAAUUACUACCUGAAGGAAAACUCAGAGCUCAGGAAGAAGAUCAAUAAAAGAGUAGAAGUGGUAGCUGACCAACUCGAAGAGGAAUGAAGUAAAUUGUUGGAGAACAAAGAGAUUGUCAUUAAUGACAAGAAGAACUUACUAUCAACACUAGACAAGUGUAUUUCCAUGAAGGAAGAAACUGUUAUGAGAACAUUUGAGAAGGUAAACAAAGCUCUAGAUGCAAUUUUCUCAACCCUCCUUCCUGGUACACAAGCCAAGUUGAGACCUAUUGAUGAAACUAGCAUUCUAAAUGAGGGCUGCUCAUUAUCAGUUGCAUUUAAUGGAGUCUGGAAAAACUCUUUGAGCGAGCUAAGCGGAGGGCAGAGAUCCUUACUAGCACUUAGUUUUAUCCUAGCAAUGAUGAAAUAUAAACCUGCUCCAAUAUACAUACUUGAUGAGAUAGAUGCAGCAUUGGAUUUAGAAAAUACUCAAAGAAUAGGAGAAAUGAUCAAAAAGCAUUUCAAGAAUUCCCAAUUCAUCAUUGUGUCUCUUAAAGAGCAGAUGACUUUCAACGCUAAGGUUAUUUUCAGGGUUUCAAAUACUGACGGUAAAUCGCAAGUAAAGAAGAUUCAUUAAUUUCUAGUUUCAAAUCUAAGGGUAA